CAUCGAACGACCACCAUGGGACUCGAACCCACAAUCUCUAGCUAAACGUCUCCGGAAACUAGCGCGUUAACCAUUACGCUAGGCGGCCGUAAAGCAUUUGCUAGAAGACCUAUAUAUCUGGUACUCUUUAUAUUUUCUGCAAAUUUCAUUGCACGUGAAAUUAAGUGGUUUAUGGCCAACACCAUCCCAUCUACAGUGUACGACAGCCUAUUGUUGAAGCUCGUCACAGUCCUCGAAUUAACGCAGAAGCCAGACGGUAUAUCCACUCCUCAGGCGAAGCAGGCGGUCCUCCAAGCGACGAAUGAGUUCAAAACACUCCUUCUGACCGCCAAAAACCUGGCAGACAACCUUCCGGGGGGUGAUCUGGAUAUUGUUGAUCAAGAUAAUGUGAUUGAGAUGCUCACAACAUUGAGGGAUCGUAAACGCGAUCAGUUAGUCGAGUUCUCUUCUAAAUCCUCGCAAGUUGCUUCUGCGGUGGGCACGCAUAUGUUCACCGAUGCGGGAAUGGAAAUUGAUUCGAUGGCGAGCACGCCAAUGACUUGACAAUAUUUUCAAUUUGUAGAUCAUGUCGCUCGCCGCAGACAUAAUCGAUUACUCUGCGCCGAAACAGCCUGAUCUUCCUUGGUGCGUUACAAACACCUACCUACCUUAACAAAAGGAAAAUGUCAGAAUAAAGUAUUAAGUAGUGUAUAUGUCAGUUGGGUUCUACGAGUAUUAUCAAGCACUCAAGUGCAACGCUAAAGAAACUUCUACAUCCUUCGAACGAGGGACAAAACGACACUUGAAAGGAAGUGGGUGAUUGAACAAAGUUGGCCCUGAAUACCACUUGGCUUUGGGCUUUAUUAGGUUCCCGUUCUCAUCAAGC